CUGCGCGGUGCGGCCCCGGUGGCGCAUUUUCCCCCAAGAGAGGAAGGUGGCGCCCGGCGGAGCGGAAGAGGGCGGCGCUCUUCCAGCAGAGCGGCGCUGCUGCUACUGCCGGAGCGGAGCGGGUGCGGCUCGGGCCGCCGCUGAAAGCGAGCAAACUACCUUUUAUGAAAGAGACAUGGAUGAGAUGGAUGAAACAUCUAAAAGAAUCCUAGAGCCAUACCAGUAUUUACUUCAACUACCAGGUAAGCAAGUAAGAACCAAAUUGUCACAGGCCUUCAAUCACUGGCUUAAUGUUCCAGAAGAUAAAAUACAGGUUAUUAUUGAAGUGACAGAGAUGUUACACAAUGCAAGCCUACUUGUGGAUGAUAUUGAAGAUAACUCAAAGCUACGACGGGGCUUUCCAGUGGCACACAGUAUCUAUGGAAUUCCAUCUGUAAUCAACUGUGCUAAUUAUGUGUAUUUCCUUGGCUUAGAGAAGGUUUUAACCCUUGAUCACCCAGAUGCUGUUAAAGUUUUUACUCGUCAGCUACUGGAACUCCAUAAAGGUCAAGGCUUGGACAUUUACUGGAGGGAUACUUACACCUGCCCUACAGAAGCUGAAUACAAAGCUAUGGUACUGCAGAAGACAGGCGGUCUCUUUGGAUUAGCUGUAGGCCUCAUGCAGCUCUUCUCAAAUUAUAAGAAAGACUUAAAACCACUUCUGAACACACUUGGUCUCUUCUUCCAAAUAAGAGAUGACUAUGCCAACCUGCACUCCAAAGAAUAUAGUGAAAACAAGAGUUUUUGUGAAGACUUAACUGAGGGCAAGUUCUCAUUCCCAACUAUUCAUGCAAUUUGGUCGAAACCUGAAAGUACACAGGUGCAAAACAUUUUGCGUCAAAGGACAGAAAACAUAGAUAUAAAAAAAUACUGCGUGCAUUACCUCGAAAACGUGGGUUCAUUUGAGUACACUCGGAAUACACUGAAAGAGCUUGAAUCUGAAGCCUAUAAACAAAUUGAAUCACUUGGGGGAAACCCUGAGCUUGUAGCGCUAGUGGAACAGCUGAGCAAAAUGUUCAAAGAAAAUGACAAUUAAUCUCCUGGGGAUGAAUGGAAGCUUUUUUUUUUUAUUUAAACAGGUAAAAGGUUAUCUGAAAGGUGUGACAGUCAGUCUCACUUACAACUACUAUGUUGCCACAUGGCAAAAAUGUACGUUGAAAAUAAAUCACUGAUUAUGUGAAAAUGAUCACUGAGUACUGCAGUAUACCUUAUAUAUACAGUCUUAAUUGUACCUGCUUGCAGAUGUCUUCAAAACAUAUUAGAAUUGAAACAAACUUUGAAUAUGGAUUUUUACACAAACAUUGGCAUUACUUCAGCCCUAGAAAUUUCACAGGUCAGAGUAUAUCUUCAACAAACUGUAAGUUUCUGGCUGAAAAUCUUUAUUAAAUUAAAUCUGAUUGACCCAAGUGGCUUGUGUGUUUUUAAACAACACUCUAGUAAACCAAAAUAUAUGGUGUUCAAUUAAAAAAAAAAUGCUCACAACCUCAAUGCAUAUACUGAUGUUGCGUUAUGGAUGUUAAGAGUUGUGAAAAUUGGAUAGAUCUUCUUACUUCUGAUAGUUAGAUAGAUAUACUUAGUUCUAAUGUGAAUAUUCUAUCCAGUAUCUGAGGAUAUUUCAGGGGAAUACAAAUUGUUAAAAUGCUUUAUGUCCAAAUGAGACUAAUGUUUAGAUUGAGAAGGGAGCUUAAUAGAAACUUCUAUUUAUCUUAGGGAAAAAUUUCCAUCGCUUUCAUUUUGAAUUUGCCACCAUUUUCAGUUCUGCGUUGAAUAAUUUCAGUUGACUGGUUUUUGAUCAUUAUGUUGUUGUUUUUUUUGUUUGUUUGUUUUUUUCUUCAAACAGUGAAAUAUUUUCUAGCGUGGGACUGAAACGUAAGCACUAGAUCUCAAAGAUGUAACUGCAAGUAGCAGCACAGUAAGCUGCUAGUAGGAAUUUAACGGCAUUCAUAACAGGCAGCUUUAAGAUGCUGUGAAUUACACUGGUUUCUCUAAUCUCUUAUUGUAAUUGAGAGAAUUUUCCAGGAAUUGAUUCAGAUUUCAUAGCAUUCAUGUUCUGAAUUCAUAUCAGGAGGCGGUUGUAGGUAUCUCCACAGAGACAGUAGUGACUUCUGGCUAAACUGAAAAGUAGCAUCUUGUUCUACAAGCUGUAAUACCCCUUCAGUUUAGUUAAUUACUUAAAUACUGUUUUAAAAUUAUGUAGACAGACAUACCUGCAUGGCACUAAGAACUUGAUUAGAGAAGUAGCCUGAAAAGUGACAAAAAUCUCUGCUCAUACGCGUACGCACAUUACAGAAAUGUUUGUUUCCUAGCUGAGGUGGCUUUAAUUAGGUGCAGUUCUCUUCAUAUUUGUAGCCGUACAAAGCUUUGCUCUGAUGAAGAGAAGUAGUGUUUCAGAUCAAAGGUGGGACUGGUGCUAUCUGCAGCGAUAUUAAGCUGACAGCACGCUGUCACAGCAUACUCUGAAAAGAAAUGGCCAGAGAUACUUGGCUUCUAACAGCUGAAGAAUACUUGUGUGCAUCUGUUCACUUAUUGUACCUGCAAGCAGGUAGAGCCACUACCUCAGCCCACUGAGAAAACUAACCGAAGAUGCUUGCUGAAGGAAAACAUUGCAGCAACCCUUGUGAUUCUUCCAAAAGUGAUUAAGCAUGAAAAAAAUUGGGAUGGCUGCUUUAGUCAGAAGCAUUCCGUACUUACAGAUGAUGGGUUAUUCCUUUUAUUUGCAUGCUAAGGUAGGAGCUUCGUCUCUGCUUUGCAAUUAGGCACAGAAUAGUAGCCUUUUCACUGAAUGGAUCUGAUUGCCAGGAUUGAAUAGCUUAAAGUUGGUGAAAGGUGUCUUUUAUUUAAUGUUAAUGACAGUAAACUGCAUUUCUUGACUUGAAGUGCAUAGUAGCAAGCCUGUAAAUUCCUGGUAUUUUGAUGGGGAAAAAAUACCUUCUGUAGCAAAGUGCAAUAUUUAUUUUGUGCCAUGUCUUGGGAGUUCCUAAGCACUGCUGCAGCUGAUGCUGAAUGGGGGACAACACUGAAAAAAACUAUUGCCAGGAAAAUCUCCUAGUCUUAGUCUAAAAUGUCCUUGUCCCUACUGGGAUAUUACAACCAGUAUAUAUGCAGUACAAAGUGCACUUAGUGGCAUUUAAUUUCUAUUCAAUUGCUGGAUGUAAGUAGUUUUGUAUAAUCAAACUUUCUUGAUGAUGUAUGGCUUUUAUUGUUUCAAACUUUUUUUUAUACUAGCCGGCACUUCUGAUCUUUAAUUUAUUCUGUAAUUUGUUCUGACAAUUUAUCACGGUGUCAUCCAGUAACCACAGAAUCACUGAAUCAUAGAAUGGUUUAGAUUGGAAGGGACCAAAGCCCAUCCAGCCCACCAAGCCCCAUCCCUGUGCCGUGGGCAGGGCUGCCACCCAGCAGCUCAGGCUCUCAGGGCCCCAUCCAACCUGGCCUUGAGCACCCCUGGGAUGGGGUUUCUCUGGGCAGCUGUACUAGGGAUCCCCCACCCUCUGAAUAAACAAUUUCCCUCUUCUAUUUUUGCAUAUUAACUUUUCAGUUUAGUAUGUAAACUUUAAGAUACUCAGUUCACAGUUGUGCAGUUUGCAGUGCGCCUCACAGGGCACAGAGGAAUAACUUUAUCACUUCACCUGGUAAUGCCCUUUUCCACUCAAACCUUUCUUCUAAAUGUUCAUGUCUCCAAGUUCACUCUUCAAGCCCAAGUGGCAUUUUCUGUCACUUGACCUACUGCUGGGGAGGCACAUAUGGUAUGUGUUAGAUGAACCGCAGCAAACACACUUCCUUUUAGCUGUGUUCUGCUGCACUAGGAGUGCUAUGCUACAUAUUGAUUCUCUUGCCUUUUCUGCUAUUCUAUAUGUAACAGACUGAUGAACUUUGAGCUCACAAUCCCUCAUUUAACUCCAGAAUCAGGUUUCAGAAUCUAAUCUUUUGCAAGUUUGUUUUACAGCAAGAUACAAUCUCUAGUUAAAACAUAUCACUGCUAUUAUGCUUAUUACUGUUCUGUAAGUCUGUUACUUGGUUAUUUUUAUCUACAUACAUUUAUCUACAUUCCUCUUUUCUUGCAGUUGUGAUAGGAUGGUGCCAUGUAGCAUUUCUAUGUACAAAUCUAGUUCUUUCUUCCAGUGCAGCUCUAAAAUAACUUCAUUAAUAAAAUGUACAUAAUGUGAGGGAAAAGCUUAAUCUGCAAAGUAAACGUGAGUUUGUGUAAAACAGUGGAGGAAUAAGAUUGCAUAAGAAAUUGAUUAGAAAUGGCAGAGGUUAGGACCUGAUAAGCAUCAAAUUGGAUGCUUACUACUGAGUCUAUAAUUUGAGAUGCAAUAGUUAUUACUGAUUAGCAGCUAACGUGUGUGCAGACACUAGCUUCUAAGGCUAGUGGUAACAGCGCUGUAAUGCAGGUUGUUAGACUUGGUAUUCUGUUUUCUCUAAAUUCACUUUCCCCAGUGUUUUACACACAGCUUUAAUUCUGUAUUUUUACUUGCAUCUGUUGCACAUCUUUGUUCUGUCUUAAUCUCAGAUUCAACAUUUCAACUUUGGUAUUUACUAUUGUGUUUGUAUUGUUUGCUCUAUACUUUCAUGGUGUAUAAUCAAUGAAUAUACAGAUGUUAUAAUUAAGAAACAUACAGGAAAGUUAGGCUAACAGGUUAUCACGCUAAAGAAGAAUGGGUGGAAAGCUUACCCUUAUCCUGGGCUCACUGAGAAGACUCCAAGAGGAGGGAUCUUCAAAAGAGAUUCUUCCCUAGUCGUAGUCAGCUCUUAAAUAGGGUCCAGGAGAGGUGGAGCCAGGCUCUACCCCUUCCAGUAGCACAGGAGAAUUGCCUUCACCUGUGCUCCCAAGGCUGACUCAUUGCUCACCUCAGGUGGUCAAUCAGAGGCUCAUGGCGUGAUUCAGCAGUUCCCAUACACGUGGUAAUUCUUUUCCUUUCGUAUUUCUGUUCUGCUACUAAUACCAGAGCACACACGAUACCUUCAAACUUUUUUUGUUCCAGGACAAACAAAGUAAACUUUAAAUUUUGGCUUUUCCUGUGCCUUCAUAAAAGUAACCCAAGAUUUUCUGCAGUCGUGAAAUGCCUGAAACUUUUUCUCCAGGAAGUCGAAGCUUGUAACAUCUUAUAUUGCCACACGUUAUUCUGGUCCCAUAUAGUUGGAGCUUCUUUACCUCCCUUUAUCACUUGCUUUCAACACUUACUUUGCUUUGAUUGUAACACUCAUUAGCAAGUUAAACUGUUUCACAGACACAUCUAACCCAAGAAAAAGGAAGUUUUGGGUUUGUUUGGUUGGUUUUUUUAGUUGUUUUUGUUUUUUGUCUGAAUUAAUAAUUCCUCUCAGCAAAAGCCUUGUGAAUGCCAAAGUUGGCAGCUAGAUGGGAUAAAAGCAGAGCCAGGGAGGGAAUAUGAGGGGGUAAGAAUACCUAUUUAAGGCUCCUGAGGGUACCUUAUGUAAUUUCACCUCAUUUUGCAGCAUCUCGUUCACUUUGUUAGGAAAUGCAAGAGAAUGUGUGUUCAGUUUCCCUGUAUUUCCCUUCUUGCUUUCCAAAUGUAAGAUAUAUUAUAGAUAGUUUAGUCUGUCAGUUAUGUAAAUAACUUGAAUAUAUCUUAAGGUUUUGAUUAAAAGUACAGAUAAAGAGUAUGUUGUUCUAUUACUGACUAAUUUUCCUUCUGUAACAAAUGUUCUAUUCUUAAAGCCAAGGAAACUUAAUCUGUUGCAGGCUGACUUGACUCGAUCAUCACAUUAACGCCCUUCCUGGAUAAACCCUAUUAGACCUCAGCACCAGAGUUUACCUUUUCUGCAGCAUUUCCUUUUAAAUGACUUUAGAAUGAAUGAAACUUGGUGAUGAGGUGAUGAAAUAGGAACAAAUCAUUGUUUUGAUGCUUGAUGACUUCUUUCUUUAAGGCUUAUCAAUGUUAUAGCAGAAAAUAAAGGACUUUGUGUAAAUAUGUUCA